UGCAGGUGUGGGAAGGGCGCUGGCGGGUGAUCCCCUACGAUGUGCUGCCCGACUGGCUGAAGGACAACGAUUACCUCCUGCACGGGCACCGCCCGCCCAUGCCCAGCUUCCGCGCCUGCUUCAGGAGCAUCUUCCGGAUCCACACCGAGACGGGCAACAUCUGGACACAUCUGUUAGGCUUCGUCUUGUUCCUCUGCUUGGGAAUCCUGACCAUGCUGCGGCCCAACAUGUAUUUCAUGGCUCCUCUCCAGGAGAAGGUGGUGUUUGGGAUGUUCUUCCUGGGAGCAGUGCUGUGCCUCAGCUUCUCCUGGCUCUUCCACACUGUGAAGGUCUCGCGGACCUUUUCGAAGUUGGAUUAUUCAGGAAUUGCACUGCUGAUCAUGGGAAGCUUCGUCCCAUGGCUCUACUACUCGUUCUACUGCUCCCCACAGCCAAGACUCAUCUACCUCUCCAUCGUCUGCGUCUUGGGCAUCUCUGCCAUCAUCGUUGCGCAGUGGGACCGCUUCGCCACCCCCAAGCACAGGCAGACCAGAGCAGGCGUGUUCCUGGGGCUGGGGCUGAGCGGGGUGGUGCCCACCAUGCACUUCACCAUCGCCGAGGGCUUCGUCAAAGCCACCACCGUGGGCCAGAUGGGCUGGUUCUUCCUCAUGGCCGUGAUGUACAUCACGGGCGCGGGGCUCUACGCCGCCCGCAUCCCCGAGCUCUUCUUCCCGGGCAAGUUCGACAUCUGGUUUCAGUCACACCAGAUCUUCCACGUGCUCGUGGUGGCCGCAGCCUUUGUCCACUUCUACGGCGUGUCCAACCUGCAGGAGUUCCGCUACGGACUCGAAGGGGGGUGCACAGACGACUCUCUGCUCUGA